AUGACUGGGAAAGAACAUAACGAUUAUUAUUUUGGAAACUUAUCUAAAUCUGCAACAGAGGAAGAGCUUCGUAGGUUUUUGACUGACUAUGGUGAAAUAAUUGGCUUCGAGUUUCGAUUGGAGCAAUGUACAUUCUGCCCUACGAAGAUUGCAUUCAUCAUGUUUGCAAACGCCCUCUCAGCUUCGACUAUCGCAGAGCUAAAUGCAAAAAAAUUUCUGGAAAAGCGGCUUUUUGUCGCACCCACAAAUUCGGAAAAAUUCUUCACACCCCUUCUUUCCGUUGUAGUCCGAUAUCUCAACGAGCACAUCACGGAAGAAGAUCUCUACACAUAUUUUCAUUCGAUUGGUCCAGUUGUGGCGGUACAAAAGCCUAUGCAUAAUUAUGCGUACGUAUUGUUUGAAGAUAAUGCGUCUCUUAAGCAUGCAUUUGCCAUGAAAGAUUUGUUGAAGGGCAUUAAGCCAUAUAUUGUGGCGGUGCAAAGGAAAAUUGGCAUGUUUCUGGAACAUAGGAUACCGAUUCCGUAUGCAAGCAUUCGGGCCAAAUGCGAUAAACUGGAUAUGAUCUAUGACCCCGCAUCAGAAAACGAAACCACCUUACUUAUCUCCAACAUUCCUCGAGAUACUGAGGAAGAUGAUGUUCUCGAUUUCCUGGCAAAGUUUGGAAAAAUCGUCGAUUGGGAAAUGCAAAAGUCGGCUAUUUGCGUUAUGUCUCAAAUUGGUUACGUGACGUAUCAGCACCCAAAAAUGGCGCGCUAUGCGUUCAUUUGUGGGCCUUUACACUUUCAAGGUUUUGGAAUGGAAGUGUAUAACCAACGGCUGCGAUACACUUCACAAGAUUCAAACCAAACCGUAAUUAUAAGGCGUACGAGCGUUUAUCUAACUAAUGACGAAAUUUUUGAAAAAUGUUCCGAAUAUGGGUUAGUCCAGUAUAUUCAACGCAUAGAUGCCAUUAACUACAAUACUAUCGUCCGGCUGGAUUCGGAAAAGGCUGCUAAAAAGCUCAUGUACAUAACUCGCAUCGCCGGGGAAGAUGUACAAAUGCGAUUGUACACAGUUAAGCAGUAUCUGCAAAUAACCGUUGCUCCUAUUGACACAGACUCUCGAAAACCUCCAAAACGGUCUCGUAAGGUGUCCAUGCUAAUGCAUAUCAACGACAUUGAGGACCGUAAAAAUCUGGUGAAGUUGCCCACCGAAUUCUUUGCGCCGUACUUAAGUCCGAAUCCUAACUUUUAUCGAAACGAAGUUCAGGUUUGGAACUAUCCACCCAAGCAAGGUAUGGUUGAAUUUAGAGAAUAUUUUAAGAAAUAUGGCACCGUCAUCAAUUUAAGGGAAUUGAAAGAACCUGGUGCAUCAUCUGGGGUCAUUUAUCUUAGCUUCGAUACAAAGCUAGAAGCGAAGCGAAUUUGUAAAUUGAACCAUUCUUUUAUGUGUUCAAGGCGGUUGUUAAUUUUCAUGGCCGACCAAUACAUUGUGUAUGAUCCGAAGCUUUGCGUAAAAGUGAGCAACCUCUCGGAAGAAAUCCUCGAUGAAGAUGUAUACGAUCGAUUUAGCAUGAUUGGGCAAGUUAAAUAUGUGUUUCGUCCUAGAGUACCCGAAGCAGUUGUUUGCAUGGGAAAUGAAAAGCUGCAAUCGAAGGGGUUAAAAGUGCUUUGCGUGGGUAGAUUUUGCGUGACUGUUUCGCCUUUAUUUGAUGCAACAAUUCAAACGCAAACCGAGUUGUCACAUGUCGAUAAAUGCGAUAUGUUAACACUAAACACUACUCCAUCAGCAAUGCAAAAUGUGAAUGAUCAUUUCAUGCUUGCGUCAUCUGUAUCGGAAGGACCUCCCCUUUGGCUUAGAGCUCACAUGGGAAUGAGGCCAAUGUCAACAGGACAAAUGGGACCGACUUCCGGCAAUAUGAUGAUGCCUGCGCUUCAGACACCGCCGUCGUUCGUUGUACCCGUACCUCAAAUGCCCACGGCAUUAAUCAGACCGAACGCUUUUACACCUUUUAGCGGCUCUGCAGCUAGGUGUACCGGUGCAUACGGUUCAGUUCAAUUGGGUUCACAUCAGAUAAGUCCUCGCAUGCGAGGCUUAAUGCAAACCCUCGAAGCACAGAUGAUUAAAUCUACAAACUUUACCUCCCUGUCAAUGACUGACCAGUUUAAUUUGGUACGAGGCAUAAUUGAUCAAUGUAUUAAUUUUGCACCAUUCUUAUCACUUGAUGCGGAUGAGAAAAUUCGCUGCCUCAUUAACGGACAAAAUGGUUUCCAAUACGUAAACAUUUUUACGCUCUUUAUGUACCCGGAGCAGCUAAAAAUGUUAGCCAUUAUUGAAAGGUACUAUCGUAGUACAUGUGAUCCAGCAAGUGGACCGUUAACCCAAGAAAGCAGCAUAACAAUGGACGGCGGCCAGCAAGCAACAACGAAUAAAACAGUGUCGACGCAGGAUUUGCAGGACAUAUCUACAGCCGACCCAAGAGUUCGAGACAUAAACCAGGUUAUUGCGAGCGAUGAAGCUAACGAUGACGAGGAAGCAAUACCACCUGCACCAUCACCCCCGCCGAUUUCGUGUCGUUCAAGAUCUGUUUCACCAGAUUUGGAAAAGGAUCAAAGCUCCGCAAACAGUUCUUUCAACGGUGCAGCCCAAAAGAGGAUGUGCCAAGAUUCAGUUGAAGAACCACCAAAAAAAAGUGUGAAAACUAGUGAGAAAAAGAAUGCGACACUCAAACCAAUGGUUUAUGUCAGUAAUCUUUCUAAAGAUGUUACUGAACAGUACAUUAAUAAUUUAUUUUCUAAGUAUGGUUUGAUAAAAUCCGUUAUCGAGCCCAAAACUCGAAGUACGGACACCAAAUCUAUGGUUAUUAGGUUUAACACAAUGCGUCAAGCUAAUGCGGCAAAAAAAAUGCAUUUGACCACCAUAAUGGGUCGUUUAAUUAGGGUCGGUAUAUACAACGACCAAUAUAAGGCUCGUCCCGAAUAUGCGGUUGUCGUUUCCUGUACUGGCUUGUAUUCGGAAAUAGCCAUAUACGAGACGUUCAAGUCCUGUGGCAAAAUAGGGUAUUUGUGGACGCGUAAGCUCAAAGAAAGCGACGUAUGCGUAAUCGACUUUGAGGACUCAAAAUCUGCAAUUGCGGCUCUCAAAAUAACGUAUCUCCACAAUGGAAAUAGAUGCAAAGCUACUACUUUCACCGUCAGUUCAAAGCCUCCCAUGGAUGACCUCGAGGACUAGUAUUAAGUAUAGGACAAUAAGUUGUAAUCUCUAUGAAGCUUGUAUAAUGUUAGGAACUGUGUAUAAGCCUAUGCUGUAGAUGGAUGAUCAAUCGGAACGAUCAUGAAC